UCCACUCGCGCUUGCUAGAUGUGAGAUGAUCCAGCCAACUCGGCGCUACGUGCUUCGUUGGCUAUCUACCGUCUCAUAUCACGCUCGUGGAGAACUCGUGGAAUAUUUGUUUCCUCAGACAUGCGCCCACGUGGACAUGCCUCAGGUUCAGCGGAUUUACCCUAUUACCAAAACCGUGGUAAUUUCUUCAGUGAUUUUGAUCCGAAGUCUUAUAUUUUUGGCGGAAUUCAUUUGUGAUUUUCCGAUAAGCAGAAGAAAUAAUCCUUUUCCGCUUCAUGUAAUCAGUUCAAUACUUUAUUGCGCCAUUUUGUUUUGGCCUCAUUCUACCAGAGGACUGCAGGAACGCCAUACAGUUGACAAGUGUUGGAGAAAGGCGGCUCGUAUAUUCUGCAACAGAUGUCGCUCGACUGGGCAAUGAUGUAAUGCAAUGGAGUCAAAAGUCAUCAACGCUACUCAUUCAAACACUCAAAAUGGCAGUGCUCUUUCACUCAGCUUAAGAAAUGUCGUCUGUAAAGGUUUGCGUACGAGUGAGGCCGUUUGCGACGCGAGAAAACAACCGAAGAUGCAGAUGUAUAAUUGGGAUGCACGGAGCGACAACAACCAUCAUGAACCCCAGAAACCUGAGUGAAAAACCCAAGAGCUUUACUUUUGAUUAUUCUUACUGGUCUCAUAAUGAGGUAAAGAUUUCUAAUAUGCAAAAAAGAGAGGAACAAGGGAAGANAAUUUUCAAAUAUGGCUUGAAGUGGCUUAUUAUUUUGUUGUUUUUUUUUCUAAUUCACAGGACAGUGGCUGCCACUAACAUGAAUGAAACCAGCAGUAGAUCCCAUGCAAUUUUCAGUAUUGUGUUUACACAGCGAAGGAGGUUGCUAUUUAAAUGUUCUAACAGAUAUGCUGACCGUGCCAAGCAGAUUGUCUGUAAAGCUAUUGUCAAUGAAGAUCCUAAUGCAAAGAUUAUUAGAGAAUUAAAAGAAGAAGUGUCAAAGCUAAAGGAGCUUCUUGUCAACGAAGGCUACAAUCCUGAUGAUCUGCAAUCUGUGUUAAAGCAGGGUUCCACUCACUUGCCAAGAAGGUAUAGCCAGGAAUUCCAGGAUGGAACCCUAGAGAGGCUUAAGGUAUCAGAGAAACUUAUAGCUGAGCUCAAUGAAACCUGGGAAGAGAAGCUAAGGAAAACAGAAGCCAUCAAGCAGGAGAGAGAGGCAAUGCUAGCUGAAAUGGGUGUUGCUAUUGGUGUUGAUGGUCAUACAGUUGGACUUUUUCAGCCAAGAAGGAGUCCUCAUUUAGUGAAUUUGAAUGAAGAUCCCUUGAUGUCUGAAUGCCUUCUUUACUACGUGAAGGAUGGAGUGACAAGGGUCGGCCAAGCCAGAGCAAAAAGUCAUCAAGAUAUCCAGCUGAGUGGCGAGAAUAUCCUUGAUGAGCACUGUCUCUUAGAACAUAAUCAAGGUGUAGUAAAAAUAAUUCCGUGCGAGAACAGCCGUACAUUUGUCAACGGAAAGUUGGUCACAGAAUCCACAGUGUUAAGAUCAGGGGCUCGUAUUAUUCUUGGAAACAAUCACGUAUUCAGAUUUAAUUAUCCUGAUCAAGCCCGCGAGGAGCGGAUUCGUCAGUCCCGAGGAAAUCUUCUGGAAGACAUCAAUGGAAAAAAUGAGGCGAAAGGUGAAGAGCCUGUAGACUGGUCAUUUGCCGUGUUGGAACUCCUAAGAGAGCAAGGAUGGGAUGUUAAAGAAAUGAAUGAAAGGGUUCUCGAACUUGAGGAGCAAAUUAAGAAAGAAAAAGAUCAAGCUGACUUGCUUCUAGAACAACAGAGAGUGAGCUAUGAAACUCGACUACAGGAACUGCAGCGGAAGAAUGUUUCUCUGCACGGUUCUUCACGUAAAAAGAAAAAACUCAUGUUGAUCUUUCCACAAUCGAAAACAGCACAAAUUCACUUUUCUUCCAAGAAUUCCCGCCGUGUACAUCACCGGCGGGCAUCAACAACUGAAGGCAAUUCUAAGGUACUUAGCCUUUCGAUUGACGACUUGUUGAGUCAUGCAGUGCUGUUGAAAGAAGCAAAUGCCAUCAGUGUGGAGUUGAGGAAAAAGGUGGAGUUCCAAUUCACGUUGUUAACAGACACACUCUACACUCCCCUCCCAUCCUUUCUUCUGAGUGACGUCAGGCACAAGGACAACCCCGCGGUACUCGCCGUUGAAGUCAAAGACAUGAAAAAUGGCGCCUCACAUUACUGGUCCCUUGGCAAACUACGGGAUCGACUGGAGGACAUGCGCUUCAUGUAUGACACUGCUGCAGAAUCUAACACCAAAAUCUCCUUCGACACUGUUGAUCCUUUUUACGACGCUCUGCCGUGGUUCAGGCUCAUUGGGAGAUCGUUUAUAUACCUAAGUAACUUGGUGUAUGGUGUUCUCCUGGAGCAAUCCGUGCCUAUUGUCAGUGAAUCCGGAGAUAUACAAGGAAACCUUUCCAUCAGCAUUCAACAGUGCACUGAUAAUCAGACUUGGCAUGUGGAUGACAUGGGACGGUCAUCCGUGCUGUGGUUGGAUUUUCGAUCUGAUGAUAGUGAACAGAAGAGUGAAGUGGAGGAAGAGGAGGCGGAAGAAGCGGCUGAAGCAGAUGAAGUAACCGAGCCUCCAUUCUCAAAGGGGACACUUCAUGUUGGCAAACCUUACGUGAUCAGCAUCACUGUACUGCAGGGUCAAGGGAUUCCAGCGCAGUACACAGACAUAUUCUGUCAGAUAAGGUUUCUCUGUAGUGAAGAGGAUGAAGGAUUUUGUACUGAGCCCGUCGCUAAUAACCAAAAUAGCGGCCCUUUAGGCUUCUACUUUACGCAAAAGGUUGGAGUCGUGGUAACAAGGGAUUUCAUAGAUUACAUCAGCACCAGACCUCUUCAGGUGGAAGUGUUUGGUCACUAUCAACAUCAUCCACAGCAGCAUCAGUCUAGUGUACAGCUUCCAAGGGCCAUUGUAAAGGAAGGCAAAACAGAUUCUAAGUCUUCAAAUGACUCUCCACCUGCCGUCUCUGUGCCAUAUCAACUCUGUGACGACGAAGGCACUCUAAAAUUUGAUUUGCUAGUCUGGGUUGAGGUCUAUGAAAUGUCACUGUCUGGAGAUUAUUUCCCGUGCGUUGUUAGACGUAAACCGGACAUUCCUUGUGGUGGAGUCUUUCUUCUUCAUCAGGGAAUCCAAAGGCGCCUGGUUGUCACUAUCAUACACGAGAACUCCAUGGAUAUCAGAAUAAGACGAGUUAUGGACCUGGUUGUUGGUCGUGUCCGCACAACGCUUGUCCCUCCCCCUGCCGGGGAGAGUUCGCCCCACACCGUCUCUUUAAACGUGCUCUCACCUCAGGUCCAGUCCCACCCGGAUGAGAACAAAUGCGUGUUUAGGUUCGAGGCGGCUUGGGACUCGUCGCUUCAUAACUCCAUCUUACUUAACAGAGUAACACCGCCAGGGGAACUCGUGUUUGUCACCAUGUCAGCAUAUCUUGAGCUGGAAAACUGUUGCCAAACUUCCUGUGUCUCAAAGGAUAUUUCUCUUUGUGUGUUUGGAAGGGAUUCAAAAACUUCCUCCAGAUCUGUUUGGAGUUUCUUCGGCUCUUCAAAGCGUCCUGAAAAUGACAAGCUCAGUGAUAUAUUUGAACUUGUUUAUCAUCCUGCUGAUGAGCACGGACAGUUGAUGAAAACAAAGAGAAGAGUGGUGAUGGACACCUCUAGCAUUUAUGUGAGAGGAGAGGAAAACUUAGGAGAGUGGAAACCCAGGGGGAUAUCACUCAUUGAUGAACAUCAGGCACAUUUAGACAAACUGGAGCGAAUCCAGGAGGUGGGUAAAGCUCGUCAUAUCCUGUGUCUCGGCGAGAAGCUCAUGUCCUCUGACCGUCCUGACACGGUGCUUGUAGAUCCGGGCAUUUUCUCCGCCGGCAGUGAAUGUUCCAGCCGGAGUAGCCUCGGCUCUAUUUCGUUGUCCUCGUCGUUUCUAUCAAUAGCUUCUAUUCCUGCCGGGAAACCGCUGCGUUUUACGAGGGACGUGGACCCAGUGAAAGUGAAAGAAACUUUGUUAAAGAAGUGUCUUGGUCUCUUAACUUGGAAAAAAGACUUGAGCGAGGUUAAAACUUUGAGUCCAGCUUCAUCAUUACAGGGAGGUGCGACUGCGUUGGGAACCCAGCGGAAUGAGGAUGAAGGAGAAUCUAGAGUGGAGUAUUACGUACCAGAGGUGGAGCUUGUCAGAAAGAACCCGGUAAUAAGUAAACGAGGGUAUCUUCAUAUCAUGGACGACUGCAGCUGUAGGUGGAGCAAAUGUUAUGUGAUUGUUAGAAAGCCUUACGUCCUUCUUUAUCGCCAGGAAGGUGAUCCGGUUGAACAAUUUUUAAUCAAUCUGAAGCAUUCCAAAGUGGAGUGUCCUGAGUAUUUUGUGACGUUUAGUGUUUUCUCAAUCCGCACAAGACAUUGUAGAUUUCUAGUACGAACAACAACAGAGAAAGAGGAAGAUACAUAUGACUGGCUGUACGCACUUGACCCUCUGUUAGUUGGCAGCAUAAGGUCAAGAAGAGGAAGCUUAAAACAGGGACACAAUUAAAGGGUGCGGAUCCGUAAAGAGCAAAGGAACAAGGUGUUUCCUUCGGAUUUGCUUGAAAAUCUAAUAAACUUCCUCACAGACAUAAGGAUGUUAAAAUCAAAGGCAUCUGUACUACGAGAAUAGCAUAAUUUGUAUAAUUUAACAUAAUUUAUGUAAUAAUUAAUGUAUAUAGUAUAAGGAAUACAAAGGUUGGAUUAGAUUAAUUUUAAAUUUUAAAUGGUAUAGUUAGUAAUCACUAUUAAUAUAUUAAGUUAAAAUGUAGAGUAUUUUUCAGUGCUCUUAAUGUAAAAUUUCUAAAUAUUUGUGGCGUUUCAAGAUAAUGAGCAAGCAAAUGUCCACACUGGUACGAUUUUAGAUCUUUUGGUAACUAUCUUCCCUUUGAUUUGCUAUUUCUUACAAACUGUAUCAGUUAGCUAUAGUGUAUUUGUUCCAUAAUAGCACGUGAUUGUGAGCGAGGAAUCAAACAAGUUCUUGAUGUUGCUCUAGCGAGUUUUAGAAUAUUCCGUCAAUGGUAUCACCUCAGAGAGGUCCUCAGAGGCCUUCAACGGUGAGAAGUAUUUAUUUUCAGUGAAUAUUUACAACAAAUAGCCAUUUACUUAUUUUUCGACGAUGGGGUAACGUGGGAUAUGGGAUCUAUGUGUUUUUAGAAGGGGCUCUUUAAAAUCAAUUAGUAUUUUUAAUGAUGAAUGACAAUAUUUUGGGUCGAUUGUAGCGUUUCAUGGCUUACUAUCGAAACUUUAGCUGGUUUACCUUAAGAACUGCCAUUUGCGGUAUGAAGCAUGUCUCUGUAUUUCAAGACAGUUGAAAUACGUUAGUAGUAGUUGUAGAGACACAAGUGUUGUCUGUGUAAUUCGCGAGGUGUCCUUAUGAAUUGGUGUCUGUCUAUCCACAAAGGCCGGUACGACGUUAUCGUAAAUUGAAAGUGUCACCUUAACUAAAUUGAAACUUUUCAACGAUACCAAGAACGCGACAUUGGCGGUGUACAACUAACUUUCCUCAAAACUGGGAAGGCGGAGGUUUCACAUCUUGAUGUUCGGAGGAUCUCUUUGAAAUCGUUAAAAUGUCAGCGUUUAGUAACGUUUUUAAGUUUGCAUGGAUGGACAAGUUGUUCAAUUAGAUCCAAUUUUCAAGGAGAAACUGAGUGUUUUCUUAAUGUGUAAAAAUACUUUUAUUUACUUACGUUCUUCAUUUUUAAGUUUUUUUCAUAUGUAAGUGUAAAAAAAGCCUCGUUACUGUAUUUCUUUGUUUACUUUUGCUAUUUUUAAAGUGUAAUUUCUUUCAGAGAAAUAAAGUGGGUUCUGUUUAAGGCCUUGUUUGGUAGGAGGCUACGAAUUUUGUGAAAACGGUUUAAAACACCACCACAAUCGCAAAUAGGAAGGAGGAAAACCUUCCCAAGGCAGAAAUAAAGAAAGCUUGAUAACAUACGCUCAA